GUGACUAAUGUAGAAAAUAAAUUUGAAGAAAGAGAUUUGACGAAUGCGACAGUAUUGAAUACAAUGAAUACAAUGAAUGCUAGAAAAUGUGAAAAUGAAGAAUCGAAAAGUGCCGGUAACGAUAAUAUACCAAAUCAGGUAGAAUCACAAUUGGAAACGGGAAGUGUAUAUUCGAAUGAAGCAGGGAAUCUUCAAAAUUUUUACGAUACAAAGAAUCAGAAUAUGAACCAAAACACGCCGAAUACGAAAAAUAAAAGAAAAGCGUCGGAGAGUCCGUUGUUUGAGAACAUAACAAUGAAGAAAAACAAAGACAGGUUCCUACAAUGCGAAGAUGCAGCUCAGCAGAUCAUAGAUUCAAAGAGAAAGAAGAAUCUCAGCAUAAGUAGCGAAUACGACGUGUUCAAAUGGGAUUUAGAGGCCAUGGAGAAUUUUCAGAAGUUUGGAGACAUUGAGUUGGCACAUGAUUUAGACACUGUGGUAAAUUUUAAUGACAUUAAUGUAUCAUCGCAUAUGUUAUUUUUCUCAAUGAUGGAUACCAAUUAUGUACAGGAAAUUGAUGACAGCAUCAUGAAAACGAGCAUCAAUAAGGAUCCACUAACAAAUCCCUUUUUUAUCAGUAAUCGUGAACAAAAGGAUAUUAAUAUGACAGAAUCCAAAGCAAAAUCUCCACCGAAAGAGAAAGUACAAAGAAGAAAAUCGGCUCGUCUUGCCAGCAAACAGAAUGAGACCAAUAAUGUUUCUAAUCUUUUUAUGAAGCAAGAAUGUCAUCUAGAAAAAGAGGAUUCCUUGGAAGAAUUGGAAGAUAUAAAACAAGAAGAAGAAGAGGAAUUAUCACCAAGUAUUAAAAAGAAACUGCAAGAGUUACAUAUAACAUUAAUACAUGAGGUACCUCGGCAGCAUCAAUUAGAGCUUACUGGAGCUCAUGCACCAUCAAGACAGAUUAGAAACUUAUUUCAGGAAUAUGGACCGCUCCGAAAAGGUCCAUAUUCGCCUGCGGAAGACAAAAUUAUUAAGAAAAACUGGGAAAUGUUUUGUGAGCUUCACGAGUGGGAUCCCAAGAAUGUCGAAUUGUUUUUUUACUGGAGAUAUAAUAGAAUGUAUUAUAUAAAAAAUGUAAGCGAAAGACAAAAAUUCGUUCAAUUUCUGGCAAAUGGAUUACCUUGGCGGACUCUGUAUAGCGUCCAUAACAGAUUUAAAAUAUUAUACCAAAAUAAAAUCACUAACGUUAGAUAUACUUCAAAGGAGGAUAUAAAGAUUCUAACAUAUAUGAAAAAUAAACGUUUUCACAAACGUGCUGUUAAAUAUAUCGAAUUAGCGCUUACAUUACUAGGACGAACGGUACGGUCAGUCCGCAAACGUCAUCAAAAACUCAAAUCUAAGGCGAAACCGUUACAAAAUGUCACAUGGACAUUGCCAUUGAUCAAAAAGUUCAUAAAAACUUUGCUCAACGUUACGUUGAGUGAGGAUAUAAAAGAACUUAAAUGCGCUACUAUUCCCAAGCCAGUAUGGCAGAAAAUGGAACAGAAAUUAGAUAUACAAGAAAAUGUGCUGAAAACAUUUUGGCAAAACCAGUUGCAUCUGCAGUUGUUCAGUACAAGUCCUAUCUAUUUGAACGACAUUAAGAUACAGCUAAUUGAAUACAUGUACAUAAAAGGGAUAUCGCACACUCGUAAAAUUAUAUGGCCCAAUGUUGCUCAAUAUUUUGAAGGGGCAACUGCCGAGUUUCUUUGUAAAGUUUUCUAUUAUCUUAUUCAAGAAUGUGACUUGAAUGACUUUGAUAAUUUUGACGGUAAGUUGCUUUUUCUGAAUUGUAAUUUUAAAUUGCAGAAGUCCUAAUAUUGUAUGAGAAUUCUUAUUGUUAUAGAGAUUGUGGAAUACUUAUAUCAUAAAAAAAUACCUGAAAUCCAAAAAAUGCCAACAGACAAAUUUUUACCUAGAAUUUUCUACGAAAGUAAAGACAUGAAUGUACUGGAUGUGGAAGGUAACAAUGAUGUGAUUAUAAUCCGCGAUGGAUCUCUGCAUACUGACAGUGAAACCAAUAAUUCUGAAAGUGAUUCUGAAAGUGAUUCUGAAAGUGAUUUGUAAUAAGUUAUUGAUAUAUUUUAUCAUAUAAUUAAUAAUACAUAUUUUUAUUGAUAACAAAUUAUACUUUUUUAUCAUUCCAAAUAGAUAGUUGUUACAUAGGAGAAGAAACAAAUGUACUCCAGUGUGAUUAUUGUGUAAAUAAUUUAUUUAAAAAAAGAUUGAUACACAGAGUCUCUCAAUUUUCUCCCGGAUGACACAAGGUUUAGUCUCCAUCGUCUCUUUCCGUAUCAUAAGUUCAAAUCUUUCUUUUUCUUUGAUAUAUAUACAGGGUGUAUAAAGAGUCCCGGGACCCCGGAAUAUAAAUUUAAUAUUUAAAAAUAUAUUAAAUAUUUCGAAAAAUAUGCACACUGUCGUUGUCUUCCUUCUGCCGUGGAGAAGUACACCUAUUCACCUAGGGAUGGGCGAUAUUCUCCGAUUAAUUAAACAUCGAUGCUUCCCCCACCGAUAAUCGAUUCUUUUUGUCGAUGUUUCUGUAAAGCGAUUGAUCGAUUAUCGAUACUUUUUUACACAACAUCGGUAUUUUUUUGUCUCCAAUGGCUUUGGCAGACUAGAGUCCUAAAUAUUAGAGAAGCGCGAACUCCAUCCCCGUUCUGCCGCCACGCCACCAUCUUGAGGCACAAUGAUAAUAUUGGGUACGUUCCACUUGACGCUUCGAACGAUGCAAGCUGUAGUCAUUGUAAUUCGCGCUUCUCUAAUAUUUACAACUCUACGGCAGAUCAGCGCGACGCGACACGAGAUAGGCGACAGCACAGAAAAAAAACAAUGAGAAAUGCAAGCUCCAUGUUAAACAGUGGAAACAUGAGCGGCCGCCACGAUUCUAGUGGCCUGGCCUUGAAACUACGUGAUAUAUACGGUGCAUUGUUAAAUCCGAUCCAAAAGUUUUCUUCCUUUGAUCAUAUAAUAAUAUAUAUAUAUA